AUGAAGCCAAAACAUCCUAAAUUGUCCCGUACUUGUAAUGCGGAAAAAACAACACCGCAAAUACAAAUAAUACCUGAUGACAAUAAUUCCAAUGAAGAAUUAGCAGAUCCUUUUGUAUGUGGUAGUGAUUCUAUGGAUGAAGAUAAGAGUUUUGAGCCUGGUCCUGGCGAUAGUGUGUCAGAUAGUGAUAGUGAUGACAGCGUUUCUUCGCCAAACACCAGCAGUGCCAUCACACAAUCUGUUUCAAAUAAAACUCAAUAUAAGAAAAGAAAACUUAAUAACGUUAUUGUCAAAAAUAAGAGGGAUAGAGCACUGGGAGUUAGCGGAAAGCUAUUGACGACUUUUUUUACAAUGGUAUCCACGUCUACAAACAAUAACGACAAAGUCGGAACUUGCCAAAUAUGCAAAAAACAAAUUCAAAUGAAGAAUGCUAAUAACACAGGAUUAAAGAGACAUUUAUUUGCACGUCAUCAAAAGCAAUAUCAUGAAAUAUUUCCCGAAGUUGAGGCUGCAGCACUAGCAGGAGCGAAAAAGUCUGGAUCUCGACAAGGAAACAUAAAAGAAAUGUUUAAUUUUGAUUUACAAAAUCAGAGUAAAAAGCCACCCGCUAUUACCCAGAAGAAGUUUGAAGAAAAGCUAGUUGAAUGGAUAGCUGUUAAAUAUCUUCCAUUCAGUUUUUUUGACGAUGAUCAGACGCAAGAAAUUUUUCAUGACUUCCGCCAGUUAGAAGAUUCCUCAGCUCUGUUGCCUAAACGUAGCGCUAUGAGGUCAAAAGUGGUCGCCUCCUACUUCUACGUCAAGAAUCACCCAACCAACGGCGACUGGUGUUUACACAGUCCUCCGAAUUUCAAAGCGAUAUCCGUUUCCACUCCACUGCACGCUCAAGGCCACCCACGGUCCGGGUCGAUGCGAACAGCUGCAGGUCCUUUCAGACCCCUUCGAAGGCCCACAUCGUCUCACGCUCAAGACCACCCACGUCCAAGGUCGCUGACGUCACUGCGGCGACGGUGCGGUGCAGUCACAUGCUCAAGACCACCCACGUUCGAGGUUGCUGCAUCGCUGCGGCGGGUCUUUUCAGACCCCUUCGAAGGCCCACAUCGUCUCACGCUCAAGACCACCCACGUCCAAGUUACAUACGAUUUGCAACAGAAAAUUCAAGGAAUUACUGUAGACAAUGUUUCUGCCAACACCUUAUUUAUGUCUGAACUUUCAAAAAUUAUUCACGAAAAACAUGGUAAAUUAUUUGAUGAAGAAGAUCAACAUUUUCGUUGUAUUGCUCACGUGCUAAAUUUAGCUGUGCAAGACUUAUUGAAGAUAUUAAAAAUUGAAAAUGACGGCGCUGACGCUGAAAUUGAAGCUGACACUGAAGACGAAGAAAUGGAAAUCGAAAACGAAAACUGUGAUGAUGAAGAAGAUACCAAUGUUGACACUUCCCCUGUUUUAAAAAUACGAGCUUUAUGCAAAAAAAUUAAAGCUUCGGAGCAAUGGCAGCUUAAAUUAAAAACCUGUUGCGAGCUAACUAAUGUCAAAAUGCUGUUAACGCUCAUCAUUGACGUACCUACAAGAUGGAAUUCGACAUUUGACAUGAUUAAAGUAUCAUUGAAAAUGCGACAUCCCCUCAACGCUCUUUGCGACAACAACGCCAAACUGAAAUUUUUACGCGUAAAUGAAAAUGAGUGGGAUCUGCUCAAACAAAUCUGUGGUCAUCUUCAUAGUUUCAAAUCUUUGUCUACUCUUCUUGGUGGAGAAAAAUACGUUACACUACCAAUGGUAGUGAUGAGCCUCAACAUUCUAAUCGACAAACUAGAAGAGGACGCACAACAUCUAGAUCAAAAAAUUGAUAGAACUGAAGUAGACGAAGCUAUAAUUUUAGCUCUGCAAGCUGCUCGCGACAAAAUUCUCAAGCACUAUGCGGAGACAAACUGGGAUAUCAUACAAGACAAGGCGGAGGGGAUAUUAGUAGUACCGCCGACUCAGCCAUGGUAUCCCUUGUUGCUGAAAUUGACGUCGGAUGGCGCCGGUAAUAUUCAAACCGAAACGUGA